AUGAUUAAAAUAAUCUUUUUUAUCACAACUCUCCAGUCAUUAAUUUCCUCCCAAGUAGAAUAUUCUCAUUUCGAUGAUCCAUCCCAAUAAGAAACAUUUCAUUAAACCAACGAAGAACUUCAAGAGAGGAUUAAAUCUAAAAUUGAAAAUUAAGAAAUUUAAUCUUCAAAUUAAGAAAUUCAUGAUGGUGAAUCUGAAGAAGAUUAUGAAACCCUUUUUGUAAACUAUGAAAUAGGAGAGGAACAAAUUCUUGAUGCUCAAUACACUUUCGAUGACGAUGAUACUGUUGGAGCAGAUCUCUUAGAAAUACUUCGAGAUGAUGAACUCUUGUAUUCUGAUACUCAUGAUGACAAACCAGAAAAUAUAGUGAUAGAUGCAUCAUAAAACCAAUAGGAUGAGACGCCGCAAGAAAUAAGCUAUGAACAGAAUGAAUUGAAAUUAUGUUCUUUAGAAACUCAAACGAAUUGUUAAUAAUAAGUUGAUGAACAGCAACAGUCAUGA